CUGGUCAAAUAAAUCUGCGCUGUCAAGUCAAAUGUACAUGUCAAUUUAAAGUCGUUUCCGGAAGAGACGUACGUCACUCUUUUUAAGAUUGUUUAAGCAUGCCUUUCAAGAGGUUUGUAGAAACGGGCCGCGUAGCCGUCGUCUCAGAUGGCCCUAACAAGGGCAAACUUGUGAGCAUUGUGGACGUUAUUGACCAAACCAGAGUUUUGGUUGAUGGACCAGAAAGCAAUGUACCAAGAGGUCAAAUCAGGCUCAACCAGCUGCAUUUAACAAAGUUUCGCAUCAAAUUCCCUUACACUGCAUCGACAAGGGUUGUCCGUAAAGCAUGGAACGAUUCUAAAAUAAACGAAAAGUGGGACGAGUCUGUUUGGGCGAAAAAGGUUGCCGCUAAAGAAAAGGUACGUACAAGUUUUCAUUUUCUAAAUUGA